AUGAGGUGCUCGUGGGAUUCCUUAUCUGAAGAGAAAAAUGACAACGAUUUGGUCGGGAGGUUAAGCCAAAAGCCUAAAGCGACUGCCUUUAUGAAGCUGGCAAGGACAAAUGUUCUUGACUUAAAAAAAUUCCAUGUAAAGGCUCAACUAACGCCCUUCGGUUUUGGGGUCAACAGAGUUAGAAACAAAGAUCUUAUCAAAAACAUGUCUAAAAUAUUAACGAUCACAACUCUCAUUUCUCUUCUCGCAAUCACAGUCCUUACAACCCCAGCAACUUCCGCUACGGACACUUUUGUCUUCGGUGGUUGUUCACAGAUAAAAUACACACCAGGUUCUCCUUACGAGUCCAACGUUAACUCGAUACUCACCUCCCUUGUUAACUCAGCCACGUUCACCACCUACAACAACUUUACCAUCAAGCCCCCAACAUCGUCGGACACUCUUUACGGUCUCUUCCAAUGCCGGGGGGACCUCUCCAAUGGUGACUGUGGUCGCUGUGUAGCUCGUGCAGUGAGUCAACUGGGCACUCUUUGCCUUGACUCGAGCGGUGGCGCCUUGCAGCUUGAUGGGUGUUUUGUCAAAUAUGAUAACACCACGUUUCUUGGUGUGGAAGACAAGACGGAGGUGUUGAAGAAAUGUGGGCCGUUGAUAGGGUAUGAUUCUGAUGAGUUGAACAGGCGUGAUGCGGUGUUGGAUUACCUGGGGACUAGUGAUGGGUCCUACAAGCCUUUCAGAGUUGGUGGGUCCGGGGAUGUUUCUGCUGUGGCGCAGUGUGUACAAGAUUUGAGUGCGAGCGAGUGUCAGGACUGUUUGUCUGAGGCGAUCGGACGGCUGAAAACAUACUGUGGGGCCGCCGUUUGGGGCGACUUGUACUUGGCCAAGUGUUAUGUUCGGUUCUCCAAAGCUGGUGCCCACUCCAACGGCGGAAAUGGACAUGGUAAGGUGUUGCGCCACCCGAGAGGGUGGUGGUUUAAGGUUUUUUAUAACAGCGAAAAUAAUGAGGUGGAGAAGACACUUGCCAUCUUGGUAGGACUUAUUGCUGGGGUUGCACUACUCAUUGUAUUCCUUGCUUUCCUGAGAAAAGUUUGUGAGAAAGGAAAAGAGCCUUUGUUUGGUGAUAUUAGAGUCUUAUAG